AUGCAAUACCACUCUCUAAAACAACCUUCCAAACAAGUUGUGUUAUUGUAUCUCUCUUUGUUUGUUCGUCUUCCUCUAUCCAUUUCCAUUUGUAACUUCGCAGAAGAUGGAGCUGCGACCAGAGGCAUGUUUGUGUUUGGAAGCUCUCUGGUCGACAAUGGCAACAAUAACUUCUUUGAAAGCAGGGCUAAAGCCGAUUAUUUGCCAUAUGGUAUUGAUUUCCCGAACGGACCUUCUGGGAGAUUCACAAAUGGCAAAAAUGUCGUUGACCUUCUUGGUGACCAACUCAAGCUUCCUUCCUUCAUCCCACCUUCUAAAGACCCUUCAACCAAGGGAAGUAAAAUUGUUCAUGGCGUCAACCAUGCCUCCGGCUCUUCCGGUAUAUUAGAUGACACCGGCUCAGUUGCGGGCAAUGUUAUCAAUUUGAGCCAGCAAAUUCGGGACUUUGAGGAGGAGACAUUGCCAGAGCUAGAAGCUGAGCUGGGGUGCAAAAGCUCUGAAUCACUUCCAAGCUACUUGUUUGUUGUCGGAGUUGGUGGGAACGAUUACAUGUUCAACUACUUCGCCAGGAGAUCCUACCUUCAACUUGGCCUUGAAGCCUUCACUAGACGUCUCAUAGCCUCUCUGGCUCAAAAACUCCAGGAAGGGGAAAUGGGUUGUUUCGAACUUGAAACCACUGAUCUUAGGCUAAAUAUACUUUUCCGCUGUGAUAUGAUGACCCAUGAGUUUAAAAAAUUGUAUAGUUUGGGAGGUCGAAAAUUUGUGGUAAUGUCAAUAAAUCCACUAGGCUACAGUCCUGUACUUCACAGACCGAAUUUUAUAGGCAGCCCUCAAGCUCUGAGCCAAGCAGCUCAGAUGUACAACGUUCAGUUGAAGAUACAGCUAGAUGCUCUCAAAAGAAGCAUGCCUGACUUCAAUUUUGCUUUGGUCAACACAUAUAAUAUUAUGACUAAUAUCAUCCAGAAUCCGUCUUCCACAGGCUUUGAAGACACAAGCAACCCUUGUUGCAAAGUGACCUCCCAGAUUCAAGGUGGAAAUGGAGUAUUAUGCGACAGAGGUGGGAAAACAAGUGCGAACAGGACGAGAAAUGUGUUCUUUGAUGGGUUGCAUCCGACAGAAGCUUUAAAUUUUCAAAUAGCAAGCAAGGCCUAUGCUUCCACUCUUGAAUUUGAUGUUUAUCCAAUUAAUGUCAGACAACUAGCUCAACUUUGA